AUGUUGAAGAUACGAUAUAGCCUGAUUCUGCUGCUCUUAUUACUCUUAUUCACUUUAACGGAUUCUACUCCUGGAGGACCAUCGAGACGUCAAGCACAUUUAGUGGAUAGGGCAGGAAACGAUGGUGCUGUCGCCCCCGUUCUCAUAAUCCCAGACGAUCACGUUAUAGCUCCUCUCAGUCCAAACCACCGCUUACCUUCUUCCAUUGAACCAGGAGAAAUUGUUAUUGUUAAUACGCUUGAUGGAGGAUUGCACGGAAUCAACAAGAUCACUGGAUCUGUCUUGUGGAGUCAUGAUAAACUAGUCGGUCCAAUGGUCCGUGUGGAUGUGGCUUCUUCAACGCUCAAGAAGAAGACAGAGUCAAACAACUCGGGACUUGGUAUUGGUGAUGACCUUGUACCAGAAGAAACGGACAAGACUACAUGUGCCGUUGAAACAGACGUGCCUGAGAACAUCAUUGAUGAUGAGGAGAUGGGGGCUGUAUUGCAACAUGUCGCUGCUGAACAGGCGGCACUGCCUUCGUCGUCUGACGGUGACGUGGACAAUAAUAUUGUGUUUAUACCGGAGCCUACUGGCCAGGGUAACUUGUAUUUGCAUGAACCUGGGACGGGACAGCCUAUUAAGAAACUACCGUACUCUAUAAAAUGGAUGGUCGAAAAGUCACCCUUUCGAUCUGAACGAUUCAUCACCAUUGGUCGUAAAGUUGACAAGUACUUCUCGAUGGACGCGUCAACAGGCAAAAUCCUUCAUAUAUAUACUAGCGAUGAUGUAUUAGACGCUUCCUUUGCUUCAGAGUCGUCACCAGAUGGUAAACAACCAAACGUCAUCCUACUCGGACAGCGAGAAUAUAGUUUAUCGAUUCUAGACCGAGAUACUCGUCGACUACGAUGGAAUAUAUCAUAUACGGAAUUCACGACCGCUGACAUGGAUGAUGACACAUCCGCAGUCUCGAGUAACAAUCAGGGGGGAUUGUUGACUGAUGGAGGAGGUACUCGUCGUAGGACCAGUACCAGUUUGCUGAAAGGGCCGGAAUAUCAUUACUCUAGUGGCGUAGAUGGAACCUUUUUGAUUAAAGGUGUAAAUGAAUUGCAGCUGCAGUUCGAGUCACCUCCUGUAGCUGCCUUCUCUGUCAACCCAACUCGAUCAAGUAGUUUGAAUGAUAAUCCAUCUACUACUAUAACUGGAGAUUCAUCUACCAGUGACAAAUAUGUAGCUCAAAAGUCAUAUCCACCACCUGCACCUCUAGGACCAAAUAAACGUAAAACCGAAGGCUAUAUAGGUGUCGUCAACAAGACAUACUAUAUUAUGUCUUCCGCAUCCUUCCCAAACUUGCUAGAUGCAUUCCGUCCACGCGGCCUCCCAUCGUCAUCAGAUCCCGAAUGUGUAGAUCCUAAAUGCUUGAUUGGAUCACACAUUGUCGAAGAAGAUGGUGCACCUACUUGGAAGUCUUACGGCAACAGCUGGAAUACUUGGAUGCGAGAAUUCAGACAUGGUCGAUCAGUCCAGAUGAGACAGAUUGCUCCUACUUCUACUAUCGAACUGCUUACCGUCUGGACUGCUGGAAUUGUCUUGAUUGUGUAUGUGACUUGGAGAGCUUAUAUGUGGUAUUCGAAUCGUAAUGGUGUGUUGAGUGAGGUGCCUGGAAGCCCGAAAGAAGUUGUUAUUAAAGCUGUUGAUGGUGAAGGUAUUGCGAAUGAUGGAAAGAGGAGGAGACGCCGAGGGCCACGUACUACUAGUGCGGUGAAGAAGCAGGAACAGCAGUCGGCUGCGUUGUUGAAGUCUUUGACUGUUACGGAGGAGGUAUUAGGAUAUGGAUCUCAUGGAACCGUUGUUUAUCGUGGCUCAUUCGAGAAUCGAGAUGUGGCCAUCAAAAGACUCUUGCUUGACUUUUAUGAAGUGGCUCAUCAUGAAGUCAAAGUGUUGCAAGAUAGUGAUCAUCAUCCAAAUGUGGUUAGAUAUUACUGUCAAGAAAAAUCAGAGAAGUUCAUGUAUAUAGCAUUGGAAUUAUGUCCUGCCUCUUUAGCUGAUGUGAUUGAGUCACCGUCACGGCCUGAUUUGCUGGUUUUGAGACAGGAACUCAAUCCUGCUCGAGUUUUAUACCAAAUCAUGGCUGGUCUGCAUCAUUUGCAUACACUCAAGAUUGUACAUAGAGACAUCAAACCACAGAACAUUUUAAUCUCAUCUGCUCCAAGUCGACCUAAUGCUAAAGCAUCAAAAAAUCGACAUCCACGUAUCCUCAUAUCCGACUUUGGCUUGUGUAAACGACUAGCUGAUGAUCAAUCCUCCUUCCAACACACUGUGAACAACACAGGAGGAACUCUUGGAUGGCGAGCCGCUGAAUGCAUGCCUGUAACAGCCCAACGAGAACAUCAAACACCUAAUAAUAACAACGCUGCUACAAACGGAAGUUCGGAUUCAGACGGAUUUGUAAAAGGGGGCGAAGCAUCUGAACCCAAUAACAGUAACAAACAAAACAAUCAUAGUAAUAGUAGUAUCGGUAUGCCGCCACUGACUUCAGAACUGGCAUUGCAAGGUCGAAUCACGAAAUCCAUUGACGUGUUUUCGGCUGGGUGUGUCUUUUAUUACGUGCUUUCGAAUGGAGAGCAUCCUUUUGGAGAUCGGUAUUCACGAGAAGUGAAUGUGCUUCGUGGAUUGUAUUCUCUGGAUGCCCUUGAUGGGCUUGGAGAGGAGGGAGUUAUUGCUAGAGAUCUUGUUGAGAGGAUGAUACAACGUGAUUCUUCAAAAAGGCCUGACGCAGCUGAAGUCCUAACUCAUCCAUACUUUUGGUCACCUGCAACUCGACUCUCAUUCCUACAAGACGUGUCGGAUCGAUUUGAAGUUGAACAACGAGAUCCACCGUCACCUCUACUAGCACUACUUGAAGCCAAUGCUAGUCGUGUCGUUGGAACAGACUGGUACAAGAGGAUUGACAAGAUGCUGCUGGACAAUCUCGGUAAAUAUAGGAAGUAUGAUGGUGCGAGCAAACACCAUUACCAGGAUCUCCCAGAUAAUGUUAAACGAGCACUAGGCUCAUUGCCAGAUGGAUUCUUGUCGUACUUUACAUCACGGUUUCCUAUGCUGGUCUUGCAUGUGUAUGAUGUCGUCAAGCAAUGUGAUGAGUUGCGUGAGGAUGGAAUGUUUAGGGCUUAUUUUUCGUAUGAUCCUCAUCAGAAUAUGAUAUAA